UCCUCUCAUAGGUGCUUGUUGAACACCCACUCGGUGCCAAUUUUUUUUUUUUUAAGAUUUUUAUUUAUUCAUGAGACACACAGGCAGAGGGAGAAGCAGGCCCCACACAGAGAGCCCGACGCGGACUCGAUUCCGGGUCUCCAGGGUCACGCCCCGGGCCAAAGGCAGGCGCCAGACCGCUGAGCCACCCCGGCGGCCCGGUGCCAACUUUUCUGCUAAGAUGCGCGUACAUGGUGUUAAAGACAAACUCUGAGACUUUGUGAAUCUAGUAGGGAGGGACUGCAGACAUCGAACAGAGGACCACCAGCAUUUCGCUAUUCUAGCAGCAGUGCAGGGACCGUAUAAAUGGGUCAGGGGCAGCCUCACUAAGAACUUGAUUUGAGGGAGACCUGAAAAGCAGGAGCGAGGCAGGUGUAAGGACUGGGAUGGAGCCCGGGAGGAGGGAAGGAGGGCACCUGCGAGGGGACAGCGGUCAUGCAGUUCAGAGCUGAAAGUGGAAUACAAAGUCCCAAGAGGAAGAGAAAGGAGGCAGGAAAGUGGUUCACCUCCAAUUGAAAAGUUUUAUAAGGACUCUCGACUCUGUUGCUUAAGAUGAUGGGAAACCGUUGGAGGGUUUUGCAUAACAGCGACCUAACAAUUUUUUUUAAGAUUUGUUUAUUUAUUUAUGAGAGAGAGAGAGGCAAAGACACAGGAGGAGGGACAAGCAGGCUCCAUGCUGGGAGCGGGACGUGGGACUUGAUCCCGGGACUCCAGGGUCACACCCUGGGCCAAAGCAGGCACUAAACCACUGAGCCACCCAGGGAUUCCCCCUAACAAUUUUUUUUAUUCUAAAAGGGACACUUGUUGGAGAAGGCCAGGCUCGACCACUCGAUGCAGGGAGACAUUCAAGCAUGAGAUGAUGGCGGCCAGGAUUGGGAUUUUGAUUUUGGGGCUGGAAAAAAGAAACAUCUCAGAUGUGUCCAAGAAGAGUGGACAGGACUCGGUGGAGACUACAUAUAGGUGGUGGAGAAGAGGAAAGUUAGAGUAGUAUAUGGGGUUUUAUAAAACAGACUCUGGGAGUUCCCUUAUGCAAAUAGCUCUUCUGUGCUCCAUUUUUUAUCUGUCUCAUAAGUAACUUCUCAUUGAAUCAAGUAACGGCAGACCAGUUGAAAACAUUGGGAUGCUGUGUGGUCUUACUCUCUGAUUCAGCCAGUUUCUCCUUUGAAAAAGUUUACAAUGUGGAAAGACUUGUAUAUUGGCCGUUUAAGAAUAUUCAACUAUGUUGAUUUUUGACAGUGGGGUUGCAUAUAUUCUAUGAUAAGGAUGUUAUGGAUAUGAUUUACAAGCUUCCCUUUUUUCCAAGGUUUUAAUAUAUUUUUUAAAGAUUUAUUUAUUUAUUCAUGAUAGAGAGAGAGAGGCAGAGACACACAGGCAGAGGGAGAAGCAGGCUCCAUGCCGGGAGCCGGACGCGGGACUCGAUCCCGGGACUCCAGGAUCACGCCCUGGGCCAAAGGCAGGCGCCAAACUACUGAGCCACCCAGGGAUCCCCCAAGGGAUCUAGAGUGAACAGAGCUGGUGCUUUAUUUGCAUCAGGUAGAUUAAUAUAUGUUAUGUCAGGAGGGGAAGAGAGAAUAAUUGAAGACCUGGAAAUAGACGAGAUUUUUCAUGGAAGGUGUAUAGCAAGAGGAAAGCCUCGACCUGUGAUUGAACAUCCAAAGGAUGGAUUGAGAAUCGAGAGUCUGCAAGAAGACCGAGAAGGCGAGGUCAAUGAGUUAGGAAGAAAAUCUGGAGAGCACUAUAAAUAAUUCCACCAGAGGAGUUACGGAUACAUUGGAUUUGCUGGAUGAAAAACAAGCAGUUAAUUUUGUGCCGUGGGGAGAAAGCCCAAAUUGCCAGAUUACAUGUGUAAAUCACUGCGUUACUGCUUUAGUCAUUGUCUGUAUUUAGCAAUGACGAGACUGGAAGAAGUCAACAGAGAAGUGAAUAUGCAUUCUUCAGUGCGUUAUCUUGGCUAUUUAGCCAGAAUCAAUUUAUUGGUUGCUAUAUGCUUAGGUCUCUAUGUAAGAUGGGAAAAAACAGCAAAUUCCUUAAUUUUGGUAAUUUUUAUCCUUGGUCUUUUUGUUCUUGGAAUUGCCAGCAUACUCUAUUACUAUUUUUCAAUGGAAGCAGCAAGUUUAAGUCUCUCCAAUCUUUGGUUUGGAUUCUUGCUUGGCCUCCUGUGUUUUCUUGACAAUUCAUCCUUUAAAAAUGACGUGAAAGAAGAAUCAACCAAAUAUUUGCUUCUAACUUCCAUAGUAUUAAGGAUAUUAUGCGCUCUGGUGGAGAGAAUUUCUGGGUAUGUCCGUCAUCGACCCACUUUACUAACCACAGUUGAAUUUCUGGAACUUGUUGGAUUUGCUAUUGCCAGCACAACUAUGUUGGUGGAGAAGUCGCUGAGUGUCAUUUUACUUGUUGUCGCUUUGGCCAUGCUGAUUAUUGACCUGAGAAUGAAGUCUUUCUUAGCUAUUCCCAACUUAGUUAUUUUUGCAGUCUUGCUGUUUUUCUCCUCAUUGGAAACUCCAAAAAAUCCAGUUGCUUUUGCAUGUUUUUUUAUUUGCCUGAUAACUGACCCUUUCCUUGACAUUUAUUUUAGUGGACUUUCAGUCACUGAAAGGUGGAAACCGUUUUUGUACCGUGGAAGGAUAUGCAGAAGACUUUCAGUAGUUUUCACAGGAAUGAUUGAGCUUACCUUUUUUAUUCUUUCAGCAUUUAAACUUAGAGACACUCACCUCUGGUAUUUUGUAAUACCAGGCUUUUCCAUUUUUGGAAUUUUCUGGAUGAUUUGCCAUAUUAUUUUUCUGUUAACUCUUUGGGGAUUCCAUACCAAAUUAAAUGACUGCCAUAAAGUAUAUUUCACCCACAGGGUAGAUAACAAUAGCCUUGAUAGAAUCAUGGCAUCCAAAGGGAUGCGUCACUUUUGCUUAAUUUCAGAGCAGUUAGUUUUUUUUAGUCUUCUUGCAACAGCGAUUUUAGGAGCAGUUUCCUGGCAGCCAACAAAUGGAAUCUUCUUGAGCAUGUUUCUGAUAGUUUUACCUUUGGAAUCUAUGGCUCAUGGGCUCUUCCAUGAAUUGGGUAGCUGUUUAGGAGGAACAUCUGUUGGAUAUGCUAUUGUGAUUCCCACCAACUUCUGCAGUCCUGAUGGUCAGCCAACACUUCUUCCACCAGAACAUGUACAGGAGUUAAAUUUGAGGUCUACUGGCAUGCUCAAUGCUAUCCAAAGAUUUUUUGCAUAUCAUAUGAUUGAGACCUAUGGAUGUGACUAUUCCACAAGUGGACUGUCUUUUGAUACUCUGCAUUCCAAACUGAAAGCUUUCCUUGAACUUCGGACUGUGGAUGGACCUAGACAUGAUACAUAUGUUUUGUAUUACAGUGGGCAUACCCAUGGCACAGGAGAGUGGGCUCUUGCAGGUGGAGACAUACUGCGCCUUGACACACUUUUAGAGUGGUGGAGAGAAAAGAAUGCCUCCUUCUGUUCUCGCCUUAUUAUCGUAUUAGACAGUGAGAAUUCAGUCCCGUGGGUGAAAGAAGUGAGAAAAAUCAAUGAUCAGUACGUUGCGGUACAAGGAGCAGAGAUGACAAAGACCAUAGAUAUUGAAGAAGCUGACCCACCACAGCUGGGUGACUUUACAAAAGACUGGGUGGAGUAUAACUGCAACCCCAGCAAUAACAUCUGCUGGACUGAAAAGGGCCGCGCUGUGAAAGCUGUGUACGGUGUGUCAAAGCGCUGGAGCGACUACACUCUGCAUUUGCCAACAGGCAGCGACGUGGCCAAGCACUGGAUGUUACACUUUCCUCGUAUUACAUAUCCACUGGUGCAUUUGGCAAAUUGGCUGUGUGGUCUGAACCUCUUUUGGAUCUGCAAAACUUGCUUUAGGUGUUUGAAAAGAUUAAAAAUGAGUUGGUUUCUUCCCACUGUGCUGGACACAGGACAAGGCUUCAAACUUGUCAAAUCGUAAUUUGGAACCUAAGGUGGAAUGUUACUGAGAGUUCAUACUACCAGUUAUCACUAACUUGCCAUUUUUUGUAUAUUGUUUUUUUAUUUGGGAAAAAUCUCUUGCUACUUCUGUAGCCGCUCUCACUUUGUCUUUUCUCAAGUAAUUAUGGUGUAUUGUAAGAUGUUGGGAAUAAGCGUUUUAUCCUACAAGUAUGUAAGGAGUCAUAAAUGCUGAUGCUGUGUAAAUGCAUAAAAGAUGUUAAAAAUAACAAUGCACUUUGAAGAAUGUUUGCCUAUGCCUCAGAUUAGAAAGAAAACACUUGUCUGUGCUCUGCAGUGGCCGAUGAAGAAUUACUAAUGCCUUAUUUUCUAGGCAUGAUUAGAGAAUGUAGACCAGACAGUUUGUUUACUAUUAUAAGAAAAUUUCCAGUUUGCUUACAAAGGAUUUUCUUUGUGAACAGUAGGUUUGAGUGCAAGACCAUUUGAAGAAUGACAUAUUCUUUCUUUAGAAAGGAUAAAGGGAGAAGCCUGAAAUGAAUGCAAAAAUUUGCUUAUAGUCUCCUAUUCUGAUGUCUUCAUUGUGGCCUGUUACCAGUGUAGCAGAAAAGCCCAAGUGACUGUUGAGAUCAAAACAUUCUUCCCUUAGGUAACUGUAAGAAGCUAGAAGCCUACAGAGGGCCCCUUCCUGCAUUGUUGGGGCGGAGGAGGGGCUCUGAAAGCACUGGCAAUUUUAAGAGUCUUUCUCAGGGUAACUUUUAAUGAACAAUGUUUCCAGCUACAAAUUGUCUUCCCUUUCAAAAAGUGAACUUUAAAAAAAAGAAAAGCAAUUUCUGGUUGAUUUAGGCUAUUUUCACUAUUCAGAAAUGAUUUUGAUCUUGGGAAUUAAUGCUCUGCCAUGAAAAUUAUCUUUCAGCUCUCAUUAGUGAUGCCAUUUAUUUCUAUUAAAAGUAAAGGGAUUGGAAACAGGUCAUUUUUUUUCUUGUAUACAUGUAAUGUAUUAUGUAAAAAAGUAUUCAUAUUGGCAAUUUUUGUUAUGCAUAAUGGUGUGGUUGUAAUUUUUAAAACUUAAUUCAGUGUUUUGUCUGAAUAAAGCAGGCACUGAUCUGGGUAUCCCCUAAGAGGUAAUUUGCCUCCUGUUCCCUUCCAGUAAUCCUUACAUUCUACAUGUUCAUAUCAGAGAAGUAACAGGAGGGGAAUAGAAUUAAGUUAGGGGAUAAUCUAAUCUUUGUCGUUUAAAGUGUGACUUCUCACCAUUGAAGCCAUUUUUCCAGCCUCAGAGAGGAAGUAACGCCUCUACCAUUUUCUACCUGGUGACUUGAAAACUGAAGUUUUUGUUAGGUAGAAGUCACUUAGUGUCAGGGAACUCGUAUACCACUAUCUAUGCAGCGCUGUUAUGGUCUGAUUAUUUCUGUGUUUUGAAUAUGAUUUUCCUAAUGUUUUGAAUAAAAUUUUAAAAAUUAAUUUUUCAUGUAAUGUGCAAAAAACUUUAGUUACUGAAUAAUUUUAAUAUAUAUUAAAAGUGGUAGUCAUAAAAAAUGCCCAGGUAUUAGAGUUGGUAGGUUGAUUUGAAAUUUUCCAGUAUUGGUUACAUACUUAUAUCAACAUUUUCCAGAUGAAAUAGUAUAAUGUUUCAUAUUAUUCAGAGUUAGUAUAGGAGAAAAGUCAGGUGUUAAAAUUAUGAGCUAAUAGCUACAAAAAAGUUAAAUUAGCAUUAAGUAAAAUCUUUUAAAAUUCCGAGCCAAUAUUGAGCGAAUUAGCUUUAAUUAAAGCAUGUGUCUUUACUCUGAGAAAGCCAAAUAUAAAGGUAUAUUCUGCAUUCUUUAUAAAGUAAUAUUAAGAUGGUACUAAUCAUCAGAUUCAAAAGGUAGCAGACUUUACAGCCACAGGGCUGUUAUUUCGGUACACAUUUUCUAUGACCAAAAAAGUUCUGAGCUAAAACUGUGACUCAAGCCGAUUUAUUAACCACAAAGUUACAGAAUAUCCACUGCAAUGAAUUCUCCUCCCCAAACCAGAAACUAUAAAAGGACAGUUAAGAGGUGGCAUCCUAAAUUAAAGUUGCCGCUUUAAAACAUUAAAGUAAUUGACAGUAUAAUACAGAGGAAGACUAUAGGGACAAAUUGGUUACUCUAACUUAGAGAUUAAAAACUCGAUCUGACCAUUAAUGAGGACAAUUUUCUUACGGCUUUCAUUUUAUAUACCAUAUGUUUACCAAGGAGUUACUGGGAGUAAUAGGAAUUCCUUUAGGGCAAAACUUUACCAGUCCACUAAAUAGCUUCAAUAGUUGACAUGGAGAUGUUUUUCAACAAAAUGUUGAUUUAAUUUGUUUCUUACAUGAUGCCUUGAGGAAACCACAAAAGCACCACCCCCUAAAAAAUGUCUUUUAAAAAAGUAUACUGUUAUGUGAACCAAGUUCUUUAAUUAAGAGAACCAAGUUCUCUUCCUAUAAUUUUUCAGUUAUGCUAUUAUUUCAUUAAACAUUUUUUAGUUUCUUCUGACUAAACUCUUCUUCCUGGGGAUAUUUGGAUUUAUCCUUGCGUAGCUUUCUAUCUUGCUCUUCUUAAUAAAUACAAAAUUGUACAGAAGACCAUUUUUAUGACCAGUGUUUUCAUAAGUGUUUUAAAAAUUGCAUUGCUAAUUAAAAUGCAUUUAUAUUUAAUGCAUUACUGGGUAGAUUUUUUUAAAGUAAAAUCUUCAUUAGAAUCUAUUUGUAACUGUACAUUUUGUAAAUUUUGGUCUAAAUAUAUAUGAUGUUUUGA